UAGAUGUUUGAUGGAAAAGGCGAGAUGCUAAUUCGAAGAUGGGAAACAUCAGUUAUUCCAAAACUGAUACGGAUUGCAACUUUGGAGAAGGGUAGUGUAACUUCUCUGGUGGAUCGAAUUCCAAACUCUAAUGAUGAUGAGAAGUGCUACACCAUGCUGCAGGUCCUGACACACUUGCUCCCACCAUCUGCAGGAAGAGGUGCAGUUUCAAGCCGGUGCAGUGUCAGAUCUGCCAUUUCAUAUUUGCUGGACUUUGUACCGUGUGGAACCAGGAUCUGCUCUCUGUGUGACACUGGUGACAAUGCCACAAGAGGCCAGCAACCACAACUGAUCUGCAUUGGAAACUUGACCAGUGAAGCCCAUCAGUUUGUAAUUGCUGCCAAACAUGACAAAGUUGUUAUUCCACUGGAAGAUGAGAGCCUAACCUGUGCCUUGGAUAAGCUGUUUAAAUUCUACUGGGUCUACAAUCUUGUGUAUCCUCCCCAGCUUGCUUCAGUUUUUAUCUUUCUGGAGCAUGUAUAUGACUUGCCAGUGUCUAAAGCUGCAAGACGAUCCAAAGUCUUGGAGCUGAUUAGCAAGCUACAGGCUUUAGCCUAAAUCAGCCAGUCAUGUACUGUUGUCCAAUAUGUAAAAAGCCAGUUAGCUCUCAAAUACGGGGACUAAUCUGGCAUCUUCGUGUCAUUCAUUCCCUAUCUGAUGGACAGGACUACACCAUUUUUUGCAGCCAAAAUGGCUGUCAGCGUUCAUAUCAUAACAUUAACUCCUAUUCUAGACACCUUACAAGAGAGCAUCCACUAGGGAAUAGCUUACAAAACAUGGCUACCCAGGUUUCAGAAAUAGUGUCAGACAGCCCUUUAGAAGACAACCAAAUCCUCAGUGACAACACCCCCAUUAUACCUAAUGAAACAUCAGAUGGUGAGGAGGAUGCCAUUUUGUGUUCCAAGUCUGAGGACCAACUGUCAGUGGCCAGCCAUGCAGCUACAUUUGCUGCAAAGAUGUACUCUUGUUCAAAUAUAACAUUGAGUGAUGUACAAAGAAGUUUAACUUGUACUAAAGAACUUUUGGACAGGACUGUUGACAGCCUUCAGACAUCUACCAGUGCACUGUUUAAAAGUUUGGCUGUUCCAGAUGACAAUGAGGGGUUUAAUUCAUUAAUGAAAGAGUUUGAGAGUGCUCGAGAGUGCCUUGACAAUAUAGAUAACCCCUAUAAAAUGGCUAAAUUCUUUGAAACCGAGUAUUCUCUUGUUAAACCCACAGAGAUAUUCUUAGGUCACAGACCUGACACCAUUAAAAAAAAUGGUAUUACACAACAAGUACUUGCAGCGGAUACAUUUCAGUAUAUAUCCAUCCUUGAAACACUAAAAUUUAUCUUUGGUAAGGAGAAAUUUCAGACCCUGUAUUUGCAGUCUCACCGAAGUACAGAUGGUAAUAUGCGGGACUAUUGUGAUGGUGCUCAUUUUGCCAGGCAUGAAUUGUACAAAACACAUACUAAUGCUCUACAGAUUCAACUAUAUUUUGAUGAUCUGGAGACCGUAAAUCCUCUUGGAUCAAAAACAAAAAUUCAUAAAAUGGGAGCAGUGUAUUUUUCUUUAAGAAACAUAGCACCAAAGUAUAAUUCGAGCCUGGCAAAUAUUCAUCUCUGCCUUCUUUUUAACUCUAUUGACAGAGAAAAAUAUGGCUUUGCAAAAAUUUUUCAGCCUCUUUUAGAUGACAUAAAAAUCCUAGAGUGUUACGGCAUAGACAUUGAUAUAAAAGGAGAAACACAUAUGUUGUAUGGAACAGUUUGCCUUUUGACUGCUGACAACCUUGCAUGUCAUGCGCUGUGUGGAUAUGCAGAAAGUUUUUCUGCAAAUAAGUUCUGCCAUAUUUGCCUUGUAGAUAAAACAACCUCACAAAGUGUGUUCGAUGAAAAUGAUCUUGAAAAGAGAGACAGACACAAUUAUCAGCACCAUGUUGUGUUGAAAGACGUAACUAUUACAGGAAUUAAAGAAGACUCGUGCUUGAAUACCCUUGAAUACUUUCAUGUAACAGAAAAUGUAGGGGUUGACAUAAUGCAUGAUGUGCUGGAAGGUGUUGCACCUUUGGAAGUUAAACUUUUACUUCACCACUACAUUUUUGAAGAAAAACUGUUGUGCCUGGAACAGUUAAAUGAAAGAAUAAGCAGCUAUGAUUAUGGGUAUUCAAACAUAAAAAACAAACCCAGUGUCAUCCUUAACUUGAAAUCGGAAACAGCACUUAAACAAACAGCCGCUCAGAUGUGGUGUUUGAUACAAAACUUGCCUUUUCUUCUAGGGGACAUUGUUAACCCUGAAAGCCUGCACUGGCAGUUGUUCAUUUUGUUGCGAGAGAUAUGCAGCAUUAUAUUUGCUCCUGUUGUAACCAAAGGUCUUGCAGUGUUCCUGAAACAGCUUAUUAUUGACCAUCACAAGUUGUUCAAAGAACUUUAUCCUUUUCGAAACCUUAUCCCAAAACACCACUUUAUGAUACAUUAUCCUAGUAUGAUGAUUCAGUUUGGACCUUUGUCAAAACUUUGGUGUAUGAGGUUUGAAGCUAAGCAUAAUCCCCUUAAACGACAUGCACAUGCUGUUUGCAAUUUCAAGAAUAUUUCUAAGACUCUGGCUUACAAACAUCAGGUGCAACACAUGUAUUGUUGGAAAUUUGGAGACCCAUUAGAUCUUAAAAUAUGUGUACCAAAUGCAUAUCCUGUUGUUGUACGUUCAUUGGAACAUGGUGACCAAAUAUGUGAAGAAAUGAGCUCCGAAGCAACAGAGACAGUUCAUGUGUCCAACACAGUAAUUGUAGGUGGACAUACAUACAGAACAGGGAGCAUUCUGAUGUUGUCAGUUACUUCUGAACAUGAACCAAUCUUUGGAGAAGUUGUUCAUUUAUUCCCAAAGGUGGACAAAAACAUUGUGUUGACUUUUGUGAGGAUUGUUAAUGUUAUUUAUUUUGAUGAUCAGUUUUACUCAUUUGCUGUGGAAAAGACGGAAGAGUAUAGACUUGUAAAAAUUCCUUCUGGUCUGUUAGAUUCCAGACCACUUGAUAUUCAGACAAGUUUUUUGGAUGGUCUUAUCUACAUAAAUCCAAGAUACAAAGUGUUUUAAUGAGUUUUUUUUUUUUUAGAAAGUACAGGGGGAAGUUGUGGGUCAUGUUGCCUAAUGAAAUUAGAAAAAUGUAUUAAAACACAUUUUAUACUGCUUUAAAUGGUCUUUAAAUGCGUAUGUUUGUGUAUAUUGACUUGUUAUAAAAGAAAAUGUAUUGUAAUGGAUUGAUAUUAAUAAAUGUGUUGAAGUCUAA